CCUUCCCCUCCCGAUCUUCUUAGAUGCUUCGAAUAAAUACUCUCCUAACUCUCCUCUCCCUUUCAACCCCCCCCCACCCCCGGUCUUGCUUUCUUCUUCGUCUUCUUACCUUUUUGAUUUUUGAUCCACCCUUACUCCCUUCUCCUCUCCCUCUUCCCCUCUUCCCGAGGCCCCCAAAACCCUUCUAAAACCCCCACCAAAACCCAAGAAGAAGAGAGAGAGAGAGAGGGUGCUCUGCGCCGCCGGUUCGGUAGCCAUGUCGGAGAUCGUGUCGGACGCAUGGAAGCGCUACCUCGGGCAGCUUCAAGAACACCCUCUUAGAACGAAGGCAAUAACUUCUGGGGUCUUGGCGGGAUGCAGCGAUGCGAUUGCUCAAAAAAUCUCCGGGAUCAAGAAGCUCCAAUUGAGAAGGUUGCUUCUUGUCAUGCUCUAUGGUUUUGCCUAUGCAGGACCUUUUGGUCACUUUCUGCACAAGCUUAUGGAGAUUAUUUUCAAGGGAAAGAAAGGCAAAGAGACGGUCGCUAAGAAAGUAAUAUUGGAACAAUUGACUGCUUCACCAUGGAACAACAUGUUUUUUAUGAUGUAUUAUGGGCUGGUCAUUGAAGGAAGACCAUUUAGUUUAGUGAGGAGCAAGGUCAGGAAGGAUUAUCCAACUGUUCAGUUGACCGCAUGGAAGUUUUGGCCUAUAGUUUCUUGGGUGAACUACCAAUAUAUGCCUCUGCAGUUCCGUGUUCUUUUCCACAGCUUCGUUGCUUCAUGCUGGGCGGUGUUCCUGAAUCUAAAAGCACGCUCAGUUGCUGUUAAACUGGCAUAAUGAGCCCGAUAAGAGAAUGUCAUCAGUUGCUUGCUUGCUUGCUUGCUGCUUCCUCAACCUGCGUUGGUGAGAACCCUACCAUUCACUGAUAAGACAUGUAGGCUUGCUCUCUGUCAAAAAGGAACAUAAAACAGGAAAAAAAAAAAAUCCGUGGUUGUUGCUGUGCUUUAUAAACAAUGGAAAUAAGUACUUGUUCGGUUACAAUGUGAUCAUUGUGUAUUCAUCUCAGCUUAUAACAUGCGAGCUUAUAUUGUCUCUA